AUGAUGUACUCAUUGUACAAAACGAUAACCAGAGCGACGAUACCACCGUUUCCCAUUCUCCCGCGCGACAUCGACCCUUCCGACGAUGUCAUUGACAAUCAUGAUAUCAGCACCGUAAUCGUGGCAACGGUGGUUCCGAUAACCAUCAUAUCCACGUUAUUCGCGUUUGCGCGGUUUUUUGUCAAGGGAUGGGUCCAGCGCCGGAUUCAGUACGACGACGGGAUCCUCCUGGCGGCGGUGGCGGCGGGGUGGACGGCGACGGGAACGACGCUGAAGGCUGUCGCGCUCGGCAACGGGAAACACGUCCAUAUGCUCACCGAUGAGCAGAAAGAGGAGACCCUGAGGUGGACGGUAUUAUCUUUCGCGUUUGGGAUCAUUGCGCUGGCUUUGCCAAAGCUCGCCGUUGUCGCGCUCAUGAAUCGACUCCUCAAACCGAGACGACUUCACCGACUUUUCCUAUGGGCGUUGGGGCUUCUAUGCUGCGUGGGAUUGUUCGGCAACGUGAUUGGGCUCUUUGCCCAAUGUCCGCAAGAAGCUGUGGUGAAUAUAACAUACACGACAACCGCCUGUCUGGGUCCGAAGAGAGCGGUUGCGUACUCGAUAUCGACAAGUGGCAUAUCCGCUGCUACGAAUGCUUACCUCGCCACCUUUGUGGCACUCUCCGUUCGAAGGUUGAAGAUUGAACGAAGGAAGAGACUGGCUAUAACGAUCGCUCUCGUGCUGGGCCUGCUAGCAUUAUUUACGGCCUUAUUCAAGUGCACGAGGCUGAAGUCCCUUGGAAGCCCCGACUUCACUUACGAUUCAGCAGAUCUUGUAAUUUGGACCAGCCUCGAAGCGGACGUUGUCGUCAUCGCCGCCUGUAUCCCGGCCUUACAGCCUCUGGUGGAUCAUCUCUUUCCAGGCCACUUCUCAACACCAAUCUCGUCUCCAGUUAUCCCAGCUUCGCGGGUCUCUACCGCCUCACAGAGGAAACUUUGGCCUGGUCCUACAGGUGGCGACUUGGAGGCCGCAAGAGAUUUCAGCCUUUCGACCCAAGGCCCCGAGAUGAUCAUGGUCGAGAAGGAGUUUGAAAUUGCGUACACCAGGACUACGGUGAAGAGGUCCUGUACGUCCGACACAUGGAUUUCAGAAUUGCCGGAUGAGGAAAAGUUCCGGAUUGUGAAGGAUCACGGGCCUGACGGAUCAGUAAUGACGACGGUGGUGGUGAGAUCUGCGACACGUCCGCCGGAUCAUCCGGCGUUUCCACCGUAA